AGCGCGGCAUGAAAAAAGAAGAGCCAGAAGAAACGGAGGAUUUCCUCGAACUGCUCAAUGGAACUUUUGACGAUGUGCCAGAUUCCCACGUGGAACCAGCUCAGCAGACAACUGCAAAUGCAAAUGAAUAUGGUUUCACCGUGAUUAAUGAUUUUUCUCAGUCUCAAAAAAAGGCUCAGCGAAUUUUAAAUGACGGCUUGCAAUGUUCGCUGUGCCCCAAUAAAAAUUGCAUCAUGAAACAAGUGGUACUCACUUCUGAAAAAUAUAUCAUCGCUAUCGGAUUGUCGUUGAUCAGCGAUUUUGACGCCGGAUUGGCUCUCAGUUUUGCGGAUUCCUACAAGAACAAGCUGACCGUUUGCACACAACACAUCGCCGAUGCUCUCAAUCAAAUCUUCGACUUUCUUCACUUGAAAUCCACCGAGGAUCUGUACAUAAUGAUCAACUCCGAUGAUGCCAUGUCCAAUCUGAUGAAAGUUGUCGUAGAUCGCUGUCCUGACUUGCCCGAGCUUAUUGGAUUCGAUGAGGUGUCCGCGAAUUUUAUCGAUGAGAUGUGCAAGUUCGUGAAGAGAAAUCAGUGUCGAGUAAGAAAUUUGAUGGAUCCGAUAAGCAUGGGAAGAGCCAAAAAUGCACAUGUUGCACCGAGAAAAAAACUUGAAAAUGUACCUGCGAGUUCGGAAACGGAUAAAGUCGUGGAAAAAGCGGUGAAUCCUAUCAAGAAGGAGCCCCCUGAAGCUUGGCUAAGAGACGAUAAAGAUGUACAAUCGACAUCGGCAGCUUCCCAUUCUGGUCCGGUCGCGAUGAAGAUGGAAGAGCACGAAGAAACUGAAGAAGAUUUCCUCGAACUGCUCAAUGGUACUCUUGACGAUGUGCCAGAUUCGGACGAGGAACCAUUCCAGCAGCUGUCUGGAAAUGAUACAUGUUUCGCGGUGGUUAAUGAAUUCUUCCAAUCGCACACAAUGUCUAGAAAAUAUGAAGACGACGCGACUCGAUGCUUCUUGUGUCCCAACAAAAAUUGCUUCAUGAAACACGUGUUUAAGGAAUACGAGAAAUAUAUCAUCGUUAUCGGAUUGUCGUUGAUCAGCGAUUUCGACGACGCCGGAUUGGCUCUCAGUUUUGCGGAUUCCGGCCGACAAAGGAUCUACAUUUGCACUCAACACGUCGCCGAUGCUCUCAAUCAAAUCGUCGGUUUUCUUCACUUGAAAUCCCUUCAAAAUUUGUAUACGAUGAGCAACUCCAGUGACGAGAUUACUAAUCUGUUAAAAAUCGUCAUAGAUCGGUGUCCUGGCUUGUCCGAUCUUCCUAAAUUCGAAGAGGUGGUCUCCACGAAUUUUGUCUAUCACAUGUAUCAAUUUGUAAAGAGAAACGAGCGUCGAGUGAAGAUUUUGUCGGAUCCGGUUAGCAUUCAAAACGCGAGAAAUGCACAACCGAGAAGUGGGCAGUGGAUGAAAGCUUCUAACACUGUAGUAGAGCCCGUUUCUGUGAAACCUAAGCAUGAUCCUGUAAGCAUGGGGGGACGAACCGUGUCAGGCCCUUCUGAACCUUCAUCUGAACCUUCAUCUGAACCUUCAUCUGAACCUUCAUUGGUUGCGAGUUUGGUGAAAAAAGCGGUGAUACCCAUCAAGAAGGAGCCCCCUGAAGAUGUACAAUCGACAUCGGAUCCACACGUAUUCAAGCAGGAGAGCCAACGAAGAGCAAAAUCAGUAAAAUUGGAAGCGCCCGAAGAAACGGAAGAUUUCCACGAUCUGCUCAAUGGCACUGCUGACGACGUGCCAGAAUCCCACGAAGCACUAGCCCAGCAGAAAACUGCUGCAAAUGAAUAUUGUUUCACUGUGAUUAAUGAUUUCUAUCAGUCUCACAAGACGGCUCAGCGAAUUUUAUAUGACCACACGCGAUGCUUCUUGUGCGCCACCAAAAAUUGCUCCGUGAAAAUCGUGUUUAUAGAAUACGAGAAAUAUAUCAUCGCUAUCGGAUUGUCGUUGUCGUCGGCCGCCACCGAUUUUGACCCGGAAUUGGCUGUUAAUUUUGCGGAUUCCGGCCGACACAGGAUCUACAUUUGCACACAACACAUCGCCGAUGCUCUCAAUCAAAUCUUUGGUUUUCUUCACUUGAAAUCCCCAGCUGAUCUGUACAGAAUGAUCAACUCUUGUGAUGAGAUUUCUAAUCUGUUUAAGACGGCCAUAGAUCGCUGUCCCGACUUGCCUGAUCUUCCAGAGUUCGGCGAGCUCUCCGCGAAUUUUGUCAACGAAUUGUGCAAGUUCGUGAAGAGAAAUCUGUGGCGAGUGAGGAAUUUGAUGGAUCCGAUAAUCAAGGAACGGGCCAGAAAUGCUCCUCCUGGUCCUUCUUCUGAAACUUCAAGUUCGGAAACCGAUGACGUCAUGGAAGAAGCCAAGGAGCCUGAAGAUGUACUACUACUAUCGACAUCGGAUCCAGACAGUCAACGGAGAGGAGCUCAAUCAGUAGGAGUGGAAGAGCACGAAGAAACUGAGGAUUUCCUUGAACUGCUCAAUGACACUUUUGACGAAGUGCCAGAAUCCGACAAGGAACCGCAGCAGGCAACUGCAAAUGAUACAUGUUUCGCGGUAGUUAAUGAUUUAAAAACUAAAAUCCAGCGGGUUUCACGAUGCUUCUUGUGUCCCAACAAAAUUUGCUCCACGAAAAAAGUUUUCAUGGAAUUGGAAAAAUGUAUCAUUGCUAUCGGAUUGUCGUUGUCGUCGGCCGCCACCGAUUUUGACGCCGGAUUGGCUCUCACUUUUGCGGAUUCCGGCACACAAAUGAUCUACAUUUGCACACAACACAUCGCCGAUGCUCUCAAUCAAAUCGUCGGUUUUCUACACUUGAAAUCCCUUCAAAAUUUGUAUACGAUGAGCAACUCUAGUGACGAGAUUUGCAAUCUGUUCAAGACGGCCGUAGAUCGCUGUCCCGACUUGUCCGAUCUUCCAAAAUUCGGCGAGCUCUCCGCGAAUUUUAUCGUGCACAUUUACAAAUUUGUGAGGAGAAACGAGCGUCGAGUCGAUAUUUUGUCGGAUCCGGUGAGCAUACAAAACGCAAAAGAUGCCCGAGCUUUGAACACCACUGUGACAGAGGAACCCGCCGCAAACUCUGUGGAGUCUAUCAAGAAUGAUCUGAAAGCUGAAGCUUCUAUGUCUCUGUCACUUGAUAAAGAUUUACAAAUUACAUCGGCCGCCGCAGCUUCAGCUUCCCAUGAAAUUUCGAAUUCCCACUUCGAUGAUGUAUUGAGUCGAUGGAAGCGAGAUAAUGGUGUUGUCGAGGAGAGUCAAUCGAGUUCUGAUAGGCCUGCCUAUAGAGCCCAGUCCGCCUCGACAAGUAAAUAUCCAUUUGCCAAAAAACGUUGUGCAGUUUGUUGCCAAUCGGUGAAACCAAGAAAAAUGCUGAAAGUGGUCGACGAAAAUGAAAAAUUUCUACUAGCCUUUGCACUCGUUCUUCGUGCAAAAUACGAUCAUGAAGCUCAUCUGAAUUUGGUUAAUCGCUGUAUGCGGAAUGUAUGCAAAACGCAUUUCGGGGAGACUGUCGAUGAGAUAUUCCAGUUUUUGAAUAUCACAACUUUUGACGAUAUUUCGAGAGUCUCCGCUGACUCGAUACGGAAUAUUAUUGUUAAUGUCGAGUCGUUGAGCCCAGAAUUUGUUGGAGCUCUGCCGUUGUUCUCAAUAUUUGGUUCGAAUUUGAAGCAGAGUCUCGGCAAUUUUGUUCUGAAAUAUGUCGAAUGUGAGAACAUCACAAUGUCAACGGAUGCCCAAAAAGUGGCCCGUUCAGGUCCAGAAGCCUGUUCAAGCCUAAUUAAGACUACAAAGGAUGGCCGAAAAUCAGCGCGAAAAAGAUCAAUGAACAGCCUGAAAUCUAAAAAUGUUCCAGUUGUCGCCCAGUCAGCUCGAAGAGCCUAUCGAAAGCGAAUUAAGACUACAACGGAUGCCAAAACAGUGGCGCCGAAGAAGAGAUCAAGCAGUAGUAUGAGAUCGGAAAGCCUUCCAGCGGUCAUUCAGGCAGCUCCAGAUGCUCCAGAAGCCCAUCCAAAGCGAAUCAAGACUGAACCACUUGUGGCUCCACCACAGGAGAAGCCUUCAACAUCAGAAGUUCGGGAUCAUGCGCCUUGUUUGAAAAUGGAGAUCGUGGAUCGGGUUUUAGAACCACCGGCAGACUUACCAUCGGAAAAAAUACCGGAAACUGCUGCUCCGCGAAAAAAACUGAAUCUCAACGCGUCAUGCUGUGUCUGCAAACGGCUUUUUCCCAUCAAAGACCUCAACUAUUUCCGAUUUGAAAACGAUAAAAUGAUCAUGGUUCUAGGACAAGCUCUACGUGGAAAUUUUUUGGAUUUGAAAAAAUUCCGAACUCUCCGAGCCAUAUAUGCCUGUGAUAUGCAUGUUUCUCAGGGGAUCAGUGAGAUUUUCAAAUGUCUUCAAAUCACUGAUCACACGGGCAUCGCCACGUGUUUUACGCAUUCCAUCGAGAAUAUGUUCGCCUCACUCGGAUCACCGUUCCCGGAAUUUGUACAACAUUUGACACUUAGGCAGUGGAUUCCGGAAUUUAGAACUUAUUUUACGAAAUUUGUGGAUAAGCAUUCGCAUCUCUUGGAAAGAUGAAAGUCGACUUCUGGCUGCUUCAACAACUCGAAGAAUCAAUUAUGGAGCCCAAUUAUUGUUACAUGUGUUCUUUUUUUUGUUUUAGAAAUUCACUAUAGUCAUCAAAAAACCCCCAGUAUUCGAAAUAUUUAUUUGUUCGCUUUUCCUGCAUUUUUUUAAAUCAUGAAUUGGUUUUGUUAC